UCGCUAUGCGAACACUUCCGUGGCAACUAACAAUACCAUUUCCGUCUCCUUCGUGACGUUAUGUGUGCGCCGGACGCAGCAGAGUGAUACAGGGAUUUGCCGGGAGCAGUGAGAGUAUCGGAUCACCGAGGAAGAACGGAUAAGCAACACAGGACAACAUGAUCACCUCGGCGGCUGGUAUUCUUUCUCUUCUUGAUGAAGAUGAGCCUCAGCUCAAGGAGUUUGCGCUUCACAAAUUAAAUUCCGUUGUCAACGAUUUCUGGGCUGAAAUCUCUGAGUCUGUGGAUAAAAUUGAAGUUCUUUAUGAAGAUGAGAGUUUCAGAAGCAGGCAGUUUGCUGCGCUUGUGGCCUCCAAAGUGUUUUAUCAUCUAGGGGCGUUUGAAGAGUCACUGAACUAUGCAUUGGGGGCUGGAGACCUGUUUAAUGUCAAUGACAAUUCCGAGUAUGUGGAGACCAUUAUAGCUAAAUGCAUUGACCAUUACACCAAGCAGUGUGUAGAGAAUGCUGAGCUCCCAGAUGGCGAGAAGAAGCCAAUUGAUGAGCGCCUAGAAGGGAUUGUAAACAAAAUGUUCCAACGCUGUCUUGAUGACCAUAAGUACAAGCAGGCUAUUGGCAUUGCACUGGAGACUCGCCGACUAGAUAUAUUUCAGAAAACCAUUUUAGAAUCGAAUGAUGUCCCUGGGAUGCUGGCGUACAGCCUUAAAGUCUGCAUGUCAUUAAUGCAGAACAAACAGUUCAGAAAUAAAGUUCUCAGGGUCUUGGUCAAAAUCUACAUGAACCUGGAGAAACCUGACUUUAUCAAUGUGUGCCAGUGCCUCAUCUUCUUAGAUGACCCACAGGCUGUUAGUGAUAUCUUAGAGAAAUUGGUGAAAGAGGACAACCUGCUCAUGGCUUAUCAGAUAUGCUUUGACUUGUAUGAGAGUGCCAGCCAGCAGUUCCUGUCUUCUGUCAUACAGAAUCUCCGUACCGUUGGAGCCCCUAUUCCAUCAGUGCCAGGUUCAACAAAUACUGGCACAGUGCCAGUGGCAACAAAGGACAGUGAACCAAUGGAAGCAGAGGAUAAAGAUGGGAGCCCGGUGGGCAGUAAAUCAACAGAAUUGAGUCCAGAACCUAAAGACCAGAUCUCUAAAAUGAUAAAGAUCCUUAGUGGAGAAAUGGCGAUAGAACUGCACUUGCAAUUUUUGAUACGGAACAAUAACACAGACUUGAUGAUCCUAAAGAACACGAAGGACGCGGUGAGAAACUCUGUAUGUCACACAGCUACUGUAAUAGCAAAUUCAUUCAUGCACUGUGGCACCACCAGUGACCAGUUCCUCAGAGAUAAUUUGGAGUGGUUAGCAAGAGCCACAAAUUGGGCAAAAUUCACAGCGACAGCUAGCCUAGGAGUUAUUCACAAGGGCCAUGAGAAGGAAGCAUUGCAGCUCAUGGCUACUUAUUUGCCCAAAGACACCUCACCUGGCUCUGCAUACCAGGAAGGGGGUGGCCUGUAUGCUCUGGGACUCAUUCAUGCUAACCAUGGUGGUGACAUAAUAGAUUACCUGCUUAACCAACUGAAGAAUGCCAGCAAUGAUAUUGUACGCCAUGGUGGCUGUCUAGGCCUGGGUUUGGCCGCAAUGGGGACUGCACGCCAAGAUGUAUAUGACCUGCUUAAAACAAACCUCUAUCAGGAUGAUGCUGUGACAGGAGAGGCAGCAGGCUUGGCUCUUGGUUUGGUGAUGCUUGGUUCGAAAAAUGCCCAGGCCAUUGAGGACAUGGUUGGAUAUGCCCAAGAGACACAGCAUGAAAAGAUCCUGCGGGGACUAGCUGUUGGCAUUGCUCUAGUUAUGUAUGGCCGUAUGGAGGAGGCCGACGCUCUGAUUGAGAGUCUCUGCAGAGACAAGGACCCAAUCCUUCGUCGUUCUGGCAUGUACACUGUUGCUAUGGCAUACUGUGGAUCAGGAAACAAUAAGGCUAUUCGUCGUCUGUUACACGUGGCGGUGAGUGAUGUGAAUGAUGAUGUUAGAAGGGCAGCUGUGGAGUCUCUUGGAUUCAUCCUGUUCAGAACACCAGAACAAUGUCCCAGUGUGGUGUCACUACUCUCUGAGAGCUACAACCCUCAUGUGCGAUAUGGAGCAGCCAUGGCCUUGGGUAUCUGCUGCUCUGGCACUGGGAACAAGGAAGCCAUUAACCUCCUGGAGCCAAUGACUAAUGACCCUGUAAAUUAUGUGCGCCAGGGUGCACUCAUCUCAUCCGCUUUGAUUAUGAUACAGCAGACUGAAAUUACCUGCCCAAAGGUCAGUCAGUUUCGUCAACUAUAUUCCAAAGUGAUUAAUGACAAACACGAUGACGUGAUGGCAAAGUUUGGUGCCAUACUGGCACAGGGAAUACUUGAUGCAGGAGGACACAAUGUGACCAUUUCAUUACAGUCACGCACUGGUCACACUCACAUGCCGUCAGUGGUUGGAGUCCUGGUUUUCACUCAGUUCUGGUUUUGGUUCCCGCUCUCGCACUUCCUAUCUUUAUCUUUUACUCCUACCUGUGUCAUUGGUCUUAACAAGGAUCUUAAGAUGCCAAAAGUUCAGUAUCGAUCAAACUGCAAACCGUCAACAUUUGCUUACCCUGCCCCCCUAGAGGUGCCCAAGGAAAAAGAGAAAGAGAAGGUCUCUACUGCUGUCCUGUCCAUCACAGCCAAGGCCAAAAAGAAGGAAAAAGAAAAGGAGAAGAAAGAGGAGGAGAAAAUGGAAGUGGAUGAAACUGAGAAGAAAGAAGAGAAAAAGAAGGAGCCAGAGCCAAACUUCCAGCUCCUUGAGAACCCAGCUCGUGUGAUGCCAGCGCAACUCAAAGUACUUAGCAUGCCAGAGGGCACCCGUUACCAACCCUUUAAGCCUCUUUCAAUUGGUGGCAUCAUUAUCCUCAGAGACACUAGUGAGGAAGAAGAGCAACUAGUGGAACCAGUUGCUGCUCAUGGUCCAAAAAUUGAGGAGGAGGAGCAAGAACCAGAGCCCCCAGAGCCUUUUGAAUAUAUAGAUGACUAAAGGUUUCCCGUACUUUAAUUUUUGGUGUCCGUCUGAGCGUUGCCAUCAGCAACGCCACCAAGCUGCAUAUUAUAUGUCUGCCACCAGAUGUGCGCUCAUGUGCAGGCAGCCUGGAUUCAUUGUUACUGAGCUCACUGGUCUGUUUUCGAAUAAAAAGAAAAUACAGAAAAUAA